AUGGAAGAAGAUCUACCUCGUGUAUACUUCGAAGAGGCCGACCGACCGCCAUCUUCGUAUUUUCAGACCAACGAGAACAAAAAGCCACUCAAAGUGGUUCCGUUUGCAACACCCGAUCCGGAAGGUUCAAUUUAACGUGCAGAUAGAAGAAAAGAGGGUUGUUAUAGAGUGGUUGAAAGCUCCAGAAUUCGUUCCGAGGUCCCGACAGCUCGUCCAAGCUUUUGAGUCUGUACCUGGUCCAGCUGUCGAUCUUGGCAACUUUGCUCCUCCUUUCCUGCCACGUAAGUUUCCAUUCUUUUUUUUUCGUCAUUUUUAUGGUUAGAUUUUUCAGCUUUUCCUCCGGCACCAUCUUUGUUUUCGACAAUGGUUCAACCGAGUCUUCCGAAUCCACAGCCAUCAAUAUUUCCAUUCAAUCCACUCGAGCAACUUACUGGGAUCCCAGCUGGUUACUCAGCCAAUAUCACUAAUAUCAAUCGUAGGUUUUCUGAAAAAAAAAUCGGGCGAGUUUAAAAAGCUACCCCAAAGCUCUAUUUGUAAGAUGUUUUGGUUUUCAAAGCUUUUUAGAGAUAUGAUUAGCUUUUUCCGAUAUUAAAAGUGAGCUAGAAGAUAAGAAUAAAUGAGACAAAACGAUUUUCCAAAGAUUUUUCGAUGCAUUUUCGGGAAACUCCAAGGUAAAAUAAUCUUUCUCGUGAAAUAGACUCUUCAACGAGCUCCGCUAAUUUCCAUUUGGACUUCACACCUUUCUGAGUCAUGUCAGUUAUCAUCCAAGUGAUAGGGAGUGUAAAAGGGGGAGCACCUGCAUAAUAACCGCCCUUGACGGACCUGACAAGUGGGCGAACGCGGAACGACGCGUGUUACACAACCGCCGUCGGCGCCAAACUCCGUCGGCUCGGCCGCCACGCCUUGACCCUUGUAUUGACAAUUACCCACUUCUCGAGCAAACUUCUGUGCUCCUAAAACUGCACCCGAAGAUAAUUUUUAUCUCUUUUAUUUUUCAUUUCAUACUAAAGUUGAACUUCUAACUUCAGAUCUCAUAAAGCACACGUCGAAAUGAUGUUCUCGAAAGUUGCGAAGCCUUCUCAUAAUUUUGACUUUCUCUGAAAUUUCGAGCUUGAUUCAGUGUAAUGAGGUCGUACGCGUUUUUAAUUCUUUAAAAAACUGUUUACCUGUAGCGACAACGAAAUAUUAUAUUUCAAUUGAUGGGUAUAGUUCAAAAAAAAAAAUUAAGGAAAAAAAUUUUUUUUUCUUUACUUUUGAGGAGUUGGGUAAGAAGAGCCGGAAAAUUUCGUUUUUUUUUUUCUAACUUCUAAAAUUGUUCGUGAUUUUAUUUUCCUUUUUCAUAUCGCUUGGCGCUUGGCGAAACCAUUUUCCUUCAUAAUUGAUAUAGUUUAGAGAAAGUUUUUUUGAAGAUUUUGAUUUGUUCGCGAUAUAUUUUUGUCUCAGCGAUACUCAUCGUAGUAUCAUGCUUUUUCUUUGACUUUGUCGAUGAUGACAGUCAAUUGUAGAAGGAAACGGUCCACCGAUUCCCGCAAUUUUAUUGCGAAAAAAGCGUCGUCGACGGAAGCACAACACAAACUCGAUGGUCCACGAAACUUCUUCCAAUACUCACGCGGUGGGAAAAUUAUUUCUUGUUUUUGUUUUAAUAGAUCAAAAAUUCAGAGUUCUCCUUGCUCUUCACAUCCUUCCGACCCGAACGCUUUCACGGACGACGAUGACAGUCAGGGAGGCAACUUGCCCGGACCUUGUUUGGAGGUUCUUUUUCAAACCAAAAGUGGAAAAAUUCAGUUUUGAUUCAAAAUUCAUAAAAUGUGCCUUUUUGUUUUUGUGAGAUUCUCAUUCUGUUCGAAAAACACUCUUCUUGUAAACUAGCAUAUCUAGAUUGACGAGCUCUCUGGAUCUUGUCCCGACCUGAGCGAUGAGAAGCUUAAAAAAUGGGAUGAAUACUUGGUUUGUUCUUUUUUCGGAUUCCUAAAUGGUAAAAACUGCUUUUUCAGUACAAAGCAGCAGUGGCCCACGAAGAAAGUUUGAAUGCAGUGAGUUAUAUCGACGAGAGUACCAUGCACGAAUCUGGUAUCGGAAUUCGGGUUGAAUGAAGGGGAAAUGUUGCGUUUUCAGUAUAUGAGACAGUUCCGAGAAGUCUUUUGAACGUGGCGGAGCAAGCUCUUGAGGGCAUUUCCAGCGAAGAAAUUCGAAAAAUUGACAAAGAGUUGAAUGGUAGGCUGGUUCUUCUUUUUCCUUUGAACUUUUUCUCCCUUUUUUGAAAAAGACUAGGAAAAGCUCAGAGUUGAGAAAAUAAAUUAAACUAAUAUGCGCUCCAGGAAACACAGCGAUGACGUCAUCGAUGGUGAUGGACCGACUGGCCAACUACCAACUCGCCUCGGACGCGAGGACAGAAAGGACUCUCGCCGAAGAAAUGGGACAGUUGGCUUUUCGACCAGAGACUACGGUAACUUUUCUUUCGAUGUGAGAGGAUAAUGUUCUUCAGAAAUACGGUUAUCCGAAAGUAGAUGCUCCACGGGUUCAUUUGGCCAGCAUCGACACACGCGACAAGAAGGUCAAAAACACAGUAAUCGACCGAGAGGCGCUCAAGGCCUACGUGAGUCUUUUCUAAGUAUAAUCAAUUCGUUCACAAGUAGGCUCUAGUGUCUGAAGAAGCACAGAGAAAACUCAGAAAAGUAUCACAGCGAGAAAUUUUUUCAGCUUUAAUUUUUCUGAAGCCAGAAUUCAGUUCCUUUAGUCUCCCGGCAAGGCGACUGAAAGAACUGAUCAGAUGGUCUAAAAAAACUAAAAAGUACUUUCAGACCUUUUCAAAGGUGCAAUUUUGAGAAAGAUGAAGGAAAAAUUGCAAUAGAUCUUCAAAGCGAAACUCUCUCGAAAUAUUCUGCAGCUCGAUCAUCAAGAAGACGAGUUCGAAGAGGACUUCCUGGAAGGAAUCAACAUCACCGUCAACAGAUUCGAUCAUUGCGACGUUGGUUUUUCUUUUCAAUCAAAUUUUUAUUUCUCCCACACUAGCACUAAAGUUUACGGAAUAAAUGUAGGGAAAAUGUAGGAAAGUACGUGUUCGGAACUUUUGGCGACGGAGGGAAGAGGUCGUGUUUAAAAAAUCUAAGUAUAGAAUUAGAGUAACUUUUAAAACUUUAAAAAAAAAAAAAAAAAAACGUUAUUCAGUCUUCAGAGAAGGUACUCUGCUGAAUCAUGGAAUAAUUGAAGAGUUGUUCGUCGGUUUGCGAAACUGUCGUUGAUCAAACGUAGACGGCGCGUAGAGCAUCUCGUCUUUCUUGUGAUAGUAGUAGACGACUUUCGAGUGUUUCCGACGAUCACUGCUUCUCCAUGUAGGAACGGUACGGCGCCCAGCUUGUCCAGGGCUGACGGGCGUCGGAUUAAAUCUCAGACGAGAGCGGAAAUGAAGACCGACCACUCGGGCGGUAGAAAUGAGAUAAUAAUUAGAGUAACGCUAAAAUUUUACUCUUAGUUUUCUAUUUAGUAGUUUUCAUAUUUUCGUUGGAUUAUUAGUUUUGUAAUUUUAUCUUAAAACCAUUUUUCAGAUUUAGAUCUGAAUUUUAUUUUUUUCAUACUGAAGUACUAUGUUUCUAUCCAUGUGAUUUCAAUGAUUGGAAACACUUUGGUUAAUGAACUGUGUCACCGUCAACAGACUUGGUUUUUCUUUCGAUAUUCAAUUUCUGAUUGUAAUUCUUCAUCACCGCCGAAAUUUUUUCUAAACAAGAAAUGGUUUGCAGGAUCUGACCCUGUCAGAUGUCGAAUCGGCCCCGACUUCGCGCUUCGAACAGAUCCACCGCGCGCUCAAAAACACGACCAACGUCGAACUCCGAGCCCCAGAAAGAGUCUGUUGCGUCAUUUCCUGA